GCACAAUGGCACAAUGGCACAAUGGUACAAUUAAUUCGCGUAAGUCUUUGGGCAUUGUGACCCACUCCAGAUGGUAUAAAAGGAGCUCGCUUCCAUCAUUUCUGGCAGAAAUCCUCCCAAGCUCUCAAGCAUAUUGAUAAUUCCAUUACCGCUUGGCCAAUCAAUCCCGACUCAAACGCAGACUUUCCAGAAUGUCCCCUCAAAUCUUUCUUCCUAUCCUGGCUGCUGUCCUUUUCGCAUUGGCCGCAAGCCCAUCGGAAGCCAACCCCAUUAUCUAUGGCAGUAUGACGUGUCACAAUCGCAGCGAUGUUAACCAGAUCCUGCAUCAGGAAGACUACACCAAUGGCUUCUUUGCUUUUUUCCAAUUUGGACGCGACACAGCCAGCAACGAGUAUUACCCCAACAUGGAGUGUAACUUGGAUUUCAGCGCCAUUGGUGGUCGUCCGGUGAGCGUCAUCUUCCAUCCAUGUACCCUGCCUAUUGGAAAUACAUGCAGUCAGGAUUCAUUGACGGUGAGCACUGCUGCAUCCAAUCCACACACUGUGGUCUGCUCCGACGAUCCAGCUGCUGAACCAGGUGUGAUCGAUACUGGUGCUUCCACCAUGUCCAUUAAGUUCCUCACUGACGCGAGUGGGCAGACAGUUGGAUGCGCUGGAUCCCUGUGGGGCGUCCCGCCAUCAUAAGAAGAGAAAGGUGCUCGAUGGCAUUGCCGUGACUCUUCAUUGUUGAGAACGAGGCCGUCUUGACAUCCAAGCAUCAAGUUGCCUUAACUUAGCUUAGAUAAGCAAGCAUAAUAGAACUGCAAAGCAAGAUGUACUUGAUCUCGUGAUUAUACUACAUGACCAAUUGUAACUCACGCUGCCUCUCAUCCACUAGUCUUUAUAGUAUCCAUGUGUUGGUAUUAUUACAUCAUUGCGUGCUCAGAGUUUGAUCUUUGAUCUGGUGUAGGGAAGAAUCUUACUUUGCUUCUGAAUUAUAUGCGGUUAAUUGGCAAGCUGAUUGAGAAGUUUCGACCCAUUGUCUUCUAUCUAAUUCCUUAAUUAACAAGUGCCCAGCAGAAUUUAGAAUUAAAUACUUACCUACAAGUUCCCCUCUUAUGUUCACAUCUGACUACGUUUUUUUACUUAUGUCAAUGCGUGUUGAUCAUGACAUCAUCAUGAAUUUGCUGUUGAUCAUCACAUUGCUAUUAUCACAGUCAUUAUUCCUGAAGGUUUUCCGUAACUACUCGGUAUCCCAAGUUCUGAACAAAUUGCUAAUAAAGUCUGUGAUCCUGA